AUGCAUGAUUCUCGUUUCGUCAGCGACGAACCUCGCGCAAAAGUCGCGGCCAGUGCUGCCCAGCUGCUGCGGAGCGGCGCGGAGCUGGGCUGGCAGCGCGGAAAGGGCCUGGUGGUGGCGAAGCCAGAGCGGCUACUGGGCAGCGGCUGCUUCGCCUGCUGCUGGCAGCUCCGUAUCCAAAGCCCUGGCACGGAGAGGCUGGCGGUGCUGAAGCACUUUGUGGCCGUGGACUGCGCCGUGGCGGCGGUCUUCGGGAAGGAGCUGCUAGGACAGCACCACGAGCAGUUCCGGAAGGAGAAGCUCAUCGGGGAGCGCCUGGCACUUCGCCCGGCGCUGGCGCGCCACGCGGCGGCGCUGAUUUCGGCCUCGGUGCGGUUCCUCGGUCUGCCGGAGGCCGCGCCAGCCAACCAGGAGCGGAUGCUGGUCCUGCAGCAUGCGGGCCAGCCGCUGGACCAGCUUUCGCCCCGGCAGCUUCCGGAGCCCGGGCCGGUGGUGAACCAGCUCCUGGCCGGCGUGGAGAUGCUGCGGGGCUUGGGGGUGGUGCACGCCGACAUCUCGCCCAGCAACUGCUGCUGCUCCCCCGUGGGCCGUGUGCGGCUGGUGGACUUCGGCAGCGCGCUGCUGCUGGAGGGCCGGCGUCGAGGGGAGGACCCUCGCCUGGAGCGGCUCCGUACACGCUACGUGCACCACCCGCGCUUCCCCGUCAGCGAGCGCUAUGGGUACCCUUUGUCCGUGCAGCGCCUGAUCAAUGAAAUCGAGCUGCCCCGCGGGAUCGAUGUCUACCAGGCCCGCUAUGACUGCGAGGCCUUCCCGGGGAACUUGGCGGCCACGCCCCCGGAGAUGCUGCGGGGCUUCUUGGCGCCCCAGAGCGACGUCUACGGGCUGGGCAUUCUGUACUGGUGGAUGCUCACGGGCGAGGACUCAAUUUCAGAGCCCAAGCUCGCCAGUUUCCUCACGGAAGGCUCGCAUGCGGGUUGCGUGGAGCAGUCGCUGCAGCGGGCCCAGCAGAGCAUGAACCAAGCCCUGUUGGACCUCGAGCGCCAGGAGGCAGAGAAGUUCAGCAAGGUCUACGAGAUUCUGCGGGAGCUCUCGGCCCGGCAACUGGCGUUGGAGCAGCAAGUGGCGGGCCUGGCGGCCUCCAGUCAGGGCUUUCAGAUGGUCAUGUUUGAGCCUGGUCAAAUGGCUGCGAUGCAGCCGAUGGUGCAGUCGCCAGCGAGUGUGCAGUCAGGAGGCAGCCCUCAGCUGCCUUCUGAGACCAGCUGA